AUGCCCGCGAACCAAAGCGUCAAAAAGGCCCUCUCGCUAAUCGAGACCGACGCCACCAAAGUGCUUGGCCUGAAUGUCGGCCAACACAGGAAUGUGCAACCGGGCCAGUACAUCCCCCGAGCGGAGGCACAAUCUCCGCCGGAGCUCUCCUUCGGCAACCUCUCGCCAAGCACGACCUACAUGGUCAUCGGCCUCGACAUCGACGCCCCCUUCCCUUCCUUCGGCGUCCUCGGCCCCAUCCUGCACUGGAUCCAGCCGGGUUUGCAGCCCACUGCAUCAGAAACCGAUUCGAGUGUCCACGUUUUGAAAGUUACGGCCCCGUUCGUGGCGAACUACAUCGGUCCCGCCCCGCCCCCCGGCAGCUCGCCGCACCGGUAUAUCUUCUUCCUGUACGAGCAGCCGGCGGAUUUUGUGGGGGAGAGGUACGCUCCGCCGGGUGGGCAGAAGCUGGGGAAUAUGCAUCGCAUG